UUGCUUGUGUGACUUUAAACAGCACACUCUUCAAUGGCUUUGUGAAUCAGUUGAAAAGAGUGAAAAAAAGUGGGAAUGGAGAGAUGCAGAACAGGCAUUUCAGCAAGUGUAAAAACCUGCUGUUGCUAUAUAUCUUGUCUGAAAGAAGCUGUGUGCGUUCAACAACAAGGAUAAAGACUGAAAACAACAGCACUCAUUUGAGUCCCAGAAAUGUCUCUCCGACAUCUGUUCUUCUGAGAUCUGUGACCUGCAUCAUUACUCUUCUGUUCUUUGACCCCUGCAAAACAACUCAUUGUACCUGCAAGGCAUGCCAAUUUCAGGUCAAAAUGCUUCAAAGAUCUUCCUUUAAAAAACUUGGACCCACAUUUCCUAAAUGUCUAAACAUUAUCCUGUCUGAGAGCCAAGAGAUGCUGAUGACUGCAGAAAAAUCCCAGAAGGCUUUUGUCAGGAACUGCUGCAUACAGCAAGAAGAUCUCCUAACACAAGAAGGCAGGAUGGAGAGUUUGCGGCCCAUAGGUGCUACCAAAUGGGAUUCAAGAUUUUCUCUGGCAGCCGUGUUACUUCUUGGAAUCUACAUAAGAAGACUAAAGAUAUUGCCAAACAGAGUCAGUCCUGCUCAUGCUAGCAGCUCUACUAUGAUUGUGCUGAUUUCCAUGACUUUGCACUCUUUUUCACCUUCAGCAACCUUCCAGCAGCCGUCUGAGUUGUCCCCGAUAGGCAUCAGGAUGUCUUUUGUUGUCUCCCUUACUUGCGCUCUGGGGAGAACAGUACAUGUGAUUACAGCCUGCAGGACUGCUCUAUCUGUCCUAAGACUGUUUGGUAACACACACCUAAAAUUUAGAGCUCUACCUGCUGUUUUGUUGUUCAUGUGGUUAACUGUCAGCCCCCCUUUUGUUAACAAGUGUGUCAAACUGUGGUUUGAAGACAAACCUGUUGAAAAUAGAGAGGGUUCAAUACUAAAAUCUCAGUCUGUGUUAGGGCAGGUGGAGCUACUUGUUGCUUUGUGCUGUGUGUUUGUCUCACUUUCAAGUUUGCUACAAUCCAUCCUGGCGAAAACACAGUUUUUGAGUGUUCUUUUGAAUGUGCAACUGGUAACCUGUUUACAGAUUUCAAGAGUCCCAACAAAGUAUAUACUGGUCAUUAAGAUCAGCAGGUUAAUAUAAAAACAUUAAUUUGUAUAUAUUAUAUGAAGUGUGAAAAAAAUAGAUGUAAAAAUGUUAAAUUCAGUCCUUUAUCAAUAAUAUCAAUGCUGUUUUUUCUUUAUUCCCUACCUCUUGGUGUGCAGUUUUACCAGUCCGCUCUCUACAGAGUUCUCUGUUAUUGUAUUAAA